UAUGCGCUCAACUGUAAUUCAAAACCAAGAAGGCCAGGGCAGGGCGAAGCCUGGCGGAGCGAGACGUGUAUCCCCAAAGAAAGAGAAGAAAAACAACAGCCGUGCAUUGCAGUCUUUUGAGAAUAUAUGAUUUGCGACGUUUGACUCCUACUUUUGUUUUUCCAGAUGAUUUUUCUAGACAUGUGAACGGUUCAAUAUGUGCGGCAACUGACAGAUGUGAUGAAAAUCACAGAAUGCAAAGGACGACAAUCAUGGUUUUGAGAAAUUAAUCUUUUUUGGAUCAUCGUAUUUACCGCCACUGCACAGUUCAGGUUAAUGGAAAACCAGAUCUGCAAAACAUGCAGAUGAGUCACACAGUGCACAUGUGAACAGGAUACAGUUUGUGUGGUGAGCCCAUGUGGAAUUAACACAUCCAAAAACUGCGGAGAACCAGCUUCAAUCAUGUCCCUCUCGACGGUGCUUGCAAAGGCACUUUUUGACAAUGCUGCUGAAAGCCCAGAGGAGUUAGCGUUUCGCAAAGGUGAUAUCCUGAUGGUUCUGGACCAGGAGCAGGAUGGCGGACCAGGAUGGUGGCUUUGCUCCCUACAUGGCCGCCAAGGAAUUGCCCCCGCCAACCGUUUACGCCUCCUCAAAACUGCUCAGACUCCGGCUACAAGCACAGGUACAGAUCCCCGACGAGCUCCUAGUGUGGACUCGGUCCGUCUAUCGACUAGCCAGCAGAGCAGGGUGAAUGGACUGAGCACUGACGAUCCAGAUGGGGUGUAUCUCUCACCACCCAGCGUAGCUGAAGGGGUGUACCAGAGCCCUGGGACUGCUCCUGUCCCAGCCAGGUCUGGAGAGCUGCGUCACUCUGAUGGAGGAAGACCACGAUCACAUUCUAGUUCUGGAACCAGGCCUCGUCCGGACUGGGGGGAUGUGGCUGUGGCGGCACGACCCCGCUCACCCUCACUUAGAGGACGGGGUGACGAGUCAGGGACCCUCUACCAGACUCCCACCUCACCUGCGCCAGUGGCAGCACAGCACAGAUCACAAGGUGCACUGACAUCCGAUUCAGUGUACCUGACUCCAAGUGCUGUUCCCAGGUCUGCAGCUGAAACAGCAGGGGAGGCUAAGUAUUUAAGUCCACGGGAUGCAGGGGCUGGUAAUUCUGAUGGAUGCUACUUGGUGCCUAGACCAGCUGUCGCUGCGUUGACCAGUGAGAAUUUAUAUCAGACUCCGACAAGUGGUGCCCCAGUGGCAGGACAGUGUGUAUCGGGAAUGACUUCAAGACUUACAGAUGGGAUGAUACCUAAAAGCAGCCCAUCUUCUAUAAUUAGUCCUUCUCAGAGUAAGACUGGCCAGGAUGCCCCAGGGAUGUACCAAACCCCAACCCCACCUGGAGGUGCCAUAUCCAGGACCCCUCAAUCUGACCGCAAACACCCCGCUGGAACUGUAGGAGUGUCUGGAGCCUCAACCCCAGGCCAGAAUCUGAAGCAGACACCUCCCCCGGCCCGAGGACCCCUAAAGGGUGGUACUUCAACUCCUCCAGUUGGUCGAGGAAAACUGGCCCAGGGUGGCCUGAGAGAAUCCCCUCUACUCGCCAGGGCAGGAAAGUCAGGAGUACCGGGGUCCCCAAAUUUUGGUCGCAAACCACCUCCUCCAGCACCCCCUGUUAGAAGUGUGACCAGGAAGGAUUUACCUCAGUCUAACUCGGUUCCAAUCACCCACCCUGUUCUCCAGGCCAACCCUGUACCCUCGCAGACAAACAUGCUGGAGGAAGAGAGACAGGGAAGUAAAACUGGACACAUGCAAGUGGAUGAGAUGAAGAAGAACAGUGAAACAGUGACCAAGAGAGAGAGUGCAAGUUCUCAGGAUGAGGAGGUGUAUGAUACACCUCCUACAAAUAGGUGGCAGCGUCCAAUUCCUGCAGUGCCGUCUGAGGAGGAUGAUGGGAUCUAUAACACCCCUCGCGCUGUACCACUACACACCGACCACGGCUCAGAGAUUUAUGAUGUUCCCACUCUGGCCCUGAAUUCCUCCUCUGACCAUCAGCAGCAAACCUACAACAUUCCAGGAUCAGCUGCUGCGGCUGGAGAUGCAGGGGAUGAGGAUGUGUACAGUGUUCCCAGUCUUCCUGGUUUACCCUUGGAGGCAAGCGAAAUGCCGGGAUUAACUGCAGAGACUGUGGGAAAUGGACGUACCUAUUCGAUUUCCAGUCCUAGAAAGCAAGACUUAACCUCCGAAGAUGUGUCUGAACCUGAUGGAGGCAUCUAUGACAUGCCUGCCCUCACUCUGGAAAUCCCAACAUGCCGUUUAUCUGUGUCAAGCACCGGCUCCGGGGACAUCCAGUGGAAAGCAUCUCUUUCGGCUCUAGUCCAGUCUGCUCUGACCGCCGCCUCUGUCGCCACCACCCCAUCCCGAGACCUAGCCUCUGCAUUGGCUGAGAUCCUUUCUGUCUGGAAGGCUGGGCAUGUUGGUGAUAUUCCUCCUGUUCUCCAGCAGGCUUGGUCCCGUCUCUCUGACCUCCUUCCUGCCCUUUCGGUGUGUGGCACUGCCCCUCCAGCCGACGGUCUGCUCACGAUGGUCCGCUGUGCCCUUGAAGACUCCAUCUCUCUUUUACAGAGUCAAGCACGGCCUCGUUUACCUUCCCAGGAGUCUCUGUCCCGGAGACCUCUUCCUGCUUUGCCGGUGGCAGAGGUCAAACCAAUCACAGGGGACAUGGGAUCACGGAAGGGCAGCUGGAUCCAGGAACGACCGCUGCCUCCUCCGCCAGCCCCUGCCUUCCCUAUGGCCCCGGCACCUGUUUCUUUAGCCCCGACUGUGGGAAGAAUGGAGGAUGAGGACCAAGGGAAUGAGUAUGCAGGAAUCGGCCUGACUCCUACACCACCGCCAUCAUAUCCUGUAGGUGAUAGUGUGGGAUACGUCAAACUGCAGGGGAAGCCAGAGCCUCCCCCAGACACCCAUACAGAGCACAGUUCUUCACAGCUUAUCACCACAACUGAUAAUAAAAUGAGUCCAUCACCUCAAGUCUCUCUGUCUCUAGAGGAUUCAGAGCUACUCUCUUUCUACUCCUCCCAAAGUCUCUCUCAUCUCUCUUGCCUGGCCGAUGCAAUGGAUUCUCUGUUCACAAGUGUCCAAGGGAACCAACCACCCCGAGUCUUCGUUUCCAGGGGGAAAAGUCUCAUUGUAACCGCACACAAACUUGUCUUUAUUGGGGAUACACUUGCACGGCUACUCAGCUCUUCAGACCUCAGAGCAAAGGUCACCACCUCCAGUGGACGCCUCUGCCAAGCUCUGAAGGCUGUUGUUGUGGCAACUAAGGGUGCAGCCCAGAAUUAUCCUUCGGUCCCUGCUACGCAAGAAAUGGUGGACAGAGUAGCUGAUCUAUCCCAGCAUGCAGCUGGCUUCUCUGGGCUUUUGCAGCGAUUAGCUGAGAUAUCUUGAUGUUAUUUGUGGGCGGUUUAACCUUGUUUUCUCAGUGGAAUGCCUUAUUAUUACCAUUUUUUGAAGAUUCAUCAGAAGUGUGUCACUGCUUGUGUUAGUUCAACAGUGAUAAAAUGAUCAAACAGUUGGUGAGUAUAUGUUGGAGUGUAUCUGCUUGCCUGUGUUGGUUUUUACACUUUAUACUGGUCUCUAUAUCUUUUUCCCCCUUUUUUGUGGUGCCAAGCACACUUACAGGUUUUAAUAACUUAUUGAUGGAUGUUUUGUUUGAAGAUGUUUGUAACCUCAGGCACAUUUUAAUAGCUUUAUUUUGUCCCCUUAACCAUAUUGACGUCCAUGAGGUUAAAGUGAUCCUCUGUAUUUAAGGCUGCUCUUGUAACCUGGUCUAAUUAUUCAGUUGGUUUGUAAAUGUGAAGUGGCCUUGGUGUUAUAGAGAUUGAAGUGAGUAAUUUGACAGCCCACGAGGUUUCAGAUGUGCUGCACAUGUAACCAAAACAGAUAAAGCUAACCUAGUUUCAAAUGCUAUAAACAAGAAGGAAUGCUCGAUUAUUUAAACAGACAUGAAGAAAACGGUACUUUUUGAAUGAGUAAGACAACAAUUUAUUGAAUUUUGGGAGAGAAUUUCCCACAAUGCUGAUUCAGAGAUAAACCUGUCUGUCAGGUUCAUUCAGCGUCUUUCUUCACACUCUUUGUUUCACUCAUUUAUCUUUUCUUCCCAUAUUUCUCACACUCCCACAGUCGGUUUUUUCACAUGCUCACAAAGGCAUCUUAACGGUGAAGCAGUCUGGGCAACAACUCUUGCACAAUAAAUAUCAUACAGGGUUUUUGUUUUUAAACAGGCUAUGCAGCAUUUCUGAAAACGGCAAUAUAUAUCUAGUAGCUUCCAUAGUGGCAGUCGAAAUGCUGGUGCUUACAGUAUCUUGUACUCAAACAGGCUUGGGUCUAAUCAGACUGAGUUUGUGUAUCUUACCCAUUGAACAGUGCUCAGACAUGUUAAAACAUGCACCUGUUUCCCUCCUGUCUUGGAAAAUCAUAGCGGUGUCAUAAAUGUAUCGUAAUGUUUACAAGACACCCUCAUAUUCUGUAUCUUGGCCCACUCCUCCAUCUGUUAAUUCCAGCAUCAGCUCACUUUUUAUGACUCCUUCCGCCAUCUUUUUCUGUAAAUACCCACAUCUCCACUUUUUAUAUACAGGAUUUACAUGUUGGCCACCGGUACGAUGCUAUCAGUGUUAUUCUUGCUGUUCGACUUUGGUUCGGUUUACAUCUUUACACUCACUGGCUCUUGCGAUUGAAUAAUUCAGCCAUAGAAAAAUGUCAGUUUAAAUCUCAAGGAGCCUUCCCUUUAUUACUGCCUUUUUGAAAAAAAAAAAAAGUGGCCUUUUUAGUUUUUACCUAUUUUGUCAGUCCUAUCACAAUAGAUAAAGUGGAUUAUAAAGUGGUUCAAAAGUGCUGAAAAGUCCAGUCAAGUGAAUUGAAUUCUGAGCUGAUGUAGACGCUUUCCUCUGGUGUUGGUGUGUUAGUUGACUCGAAGUGCCAUCAGGUGGACUUUUUCAGUAUUACUACACAAACCACUUGGAUAAGUAAAGAAACAAAUACAACACCUCAACAGGUACUUCAGAGUAUACAUCUAGGUAUACAGACAGGCAUCAUAUUUUAUGCUUUUGAAUGAGCUAUCAUGUCCCUCUGUAAAAAAAAAUAACUAUGUAUAUGUAAACAUUUCAAUUAUAGAAGUCCUCAAGCUAGCGUUCCUCUCAAAAGACUCAUUUAUCUUAAGUUCUUAAAUUAAGUGCUUAUAGUAAUGCUUAGAUUUGAUGGCCCUAUAUAGUUAUAUUUAUUUGAUUUUGUUAAAUGUCUGCAUGGCUUUAAGUUGCUUAUUAAAGAAAUAUAUGCACACAUAACCAGGGAUGUUUCACGCGACUUUGCAUUAAUAAUUCAAAGUUUGCUUUAAGAAUGUGAUGUUUCUUUUCAUUUGGUACCAGAAUGUAUUUUUGACAUGCAUAUUUUGUGCUUCUUCACAUUAUGUCGAUGUUCAUUUUGACGUUUUGUUUGUAAGACACACUCCACAGGUACUUUGCAUUUAGGGAGUCUUUGGUACUUGUCAAAUGUUGAGAUUCUUCAAAAUACAUUUUUGUUACUGAACAAA